AAGCGCCGCGCGUCAUACACAAAUGAUUUCGUUUGCGCUCACGCCAUAUUGGCGCACGCGCAGGAGGGUCUGGCCUCCGUCACUUGGGCCACAUCACACACACGCCGCAUGCGCAGUAGGAUCCCUGUUCCAGGUUAGCCCACGGUCUACUGCUUUGGUGGAAUCGCCCCCCCCCCCCCCCCCAAAAAAAAAAAAAAAAAAACCAUAACAAAACACUGUUGGAUCAAACACGACGACUCAUCUCGAAGCCGCUCCUAAUUCUGCCUCCUCCAAUGGAUUUAUCACCAAUCCGGCCCCUGACGUCUUCUUUCCUAUUUGCAAUGGCCGCUCGCUGAGAAUGGAUCGUAUUCCUCGCCUCGCACCGGAGAAGCCUUUUAACGCCCAUUUAGCAGUACCGAUUCGGUCAUCGGCGUUGGAGUGAUCUACCCAUGCAAUGGCAGUCUUCAGCCACCAGGUGCUCUUUGCUGUUACGAGAUCCAGGGGAUCAUAUCUGUUAUCCCAGCGGCACAGCUGCUCCUCACUGUCUUCCAAAGCCUACGUCCACAUAGAACCGCGACGCAACAUCUCCUCGUCAGCAAACCCACUCAGGCACUCCCGUUAUGGCCACCCACGCUGUUACCCAUACCACAACCUGGCCUGUAGCCACAGCUCUGUUCUACUUGCUCGUUCUCUGCACAGUUCUGUCGUUUGGCUUCAAGACAUUAAAAAGGAGAUUAACACCUCAACCCCUGCUCAGAAUUUGGCAUCGGGCGAGAAAAGUGACACUGAAGCUGCUGUAGCCCAGCCACAAACGCCACCGCCACCCUCUCAGACGCCCGCUGCUGCCACCCCUGUGCCUACGGCGCAGGAGAGGGUUGUGGUGAAGAAAGCUCUGUAUCUCAGGAUCGUCGACGAGCUGAAGCAUUACUACAAUGGCUUCCGCUUGCUUGGGAUCGACACCACAGUCGCAGGCAGGAUGGUGUGGAGUUUGCUGCACGGACAGGUCCUCACACGGAGGGAAAGGAGAAGGCUCAUGAGGACGUGUGCCGACCUCUUCCGUCUUGUACCCUUCAUGGUGUUCAUCAUUGUCCCCUUCAUGGAAUUCCUCCUUCCCGUUUUCCUCAAGCUCUUCCCAGAGAUGUUGCCCUCCACCUUUGAGACAGAGUCCAAAAAGGAGGAGAAACAAAAGAAGGGCCUUGCUGCGAAGCUGGAGCUUGCCAAGUUUCUCCAGGAGACCAUUGCUGAGAUGGCUCGAAGGAACAAGGCUACAGCUCAGAGUGAGGAUGAGGCGCAACGCUUCUCCACAUAUGUGCAGCAGGUUCGGGGAACCGGCGAGCAACCCACCACCAAGGACAUAGUCCGCUUUUCGAAGCUAUUUGAGGACGAGCUGACGCUGGAGCAUCUGGAGCGACCCCAGCUGGUGGCGUUGUGCAAACUCCUGGAGCUGCAGCCCAUCGGCACCAACAACUUGUUGCGAUUUCAGCUGAUGUUGCAGCUCAGAACCAUCAAAUCAGACGAUGAGAUGAUUGCAGCAGAGGGAGUGGCCGCAAUGAGUGUGUCAGAGCUGCAGGCAGCCUGUCGUAGCCGGGGAAUGAGAUCUCUCGGUCUUACAACAGAUCAGCUCCGUCAGCAACUGCAGCAGUGGCUGGACCUACACCUGAAUGAGAAUGUUCCUCCAUCGCUGCUGCUGCUCUCCAGAGCCAUGUACCUGACUGACCUCAAACCCAAAGCUCCAGUCAUCCCGCCUGUACCCAAACUUGAGAAAACCACUCCAGUGGAGAACAAUGAAGCAAACGGGACCCCAGUGAGCGCUGAAAUGCCUUCGGACCCUGCACUCAUCAUCAAAGACAGGCCGGAAGAAGAGAUAAGGAACAAGUCUCCUGUCUUGGCAGACAAACCUCUGACUGCUGCUGAAGUACUCCAGGCAAAAGCAGCAACUGAAGUGUCUCAGAAGAGCAAGAUGAGUGCCAAUGGUGUGUAAAGAGGAGUACGUGUGUCCAGACACAAAAGGAGAGGUGAAUUUAGGCAGCCCAGAGCCAUUACCGAGGACGCUGCGCUCAAUUGACAAGCUAUCAAUUUGUUUACAUCUCUCUAUUUCCUAUUUAAGCAGAGAUUCUCCGGUGAUGGUAAUAACUGUAGAUAACGGGAUGGUGCUGUGGGUUCCACACUUGUGCACUCCAUGAUACUGUCUUCGCCAAAACUCUGCAAUAAUGGCUUGAAAUUUCACAUGGCUUGAUGGGAUAUUUCACUUUGAUCCAAUUUCUCCUGGAAAUAUGAUCCAAACCUCACGUGAUGCAGCUUGGCCACUGCCACACCGGUUGACUCCCUUUUGUUCCGCAUGGAUUCCUCCUCCUGUAAAUGUGUUUAAUGCCAUGUCUUACAUUAUCCCAGCAGCAGCUUUUUACAGUUUGCUAUGCAAACUCGCGAAAAGAUCAAAGCUCCUAUUAUUAGCGAUUUCUUUGCUUGCCUGUCGCCCCGCUGUUUAACAUGUGAGAGACAGAAAUACUUAACCCGUCCACCUCCGUCCUUUUCACCGCAAACUGGACCAUGCAGACCACGUGUAAACCUACUCGUAGGUUCCAUCAGUUGACUGGAACAGCUUCCGUGGCACAUGGUGCAUUCAGAGAGGAAAAAGAGAGAGAGUUCACUCCUUUUGUGCAGACAAGACUGAGGCAGUGUAAUCUGCCUCAUUUUAUUUCACUAUACUGCAGUGUUUACGUUGUUUUAACACUGUGAAGCUUGGCUUUCAUGAAGCUGAAGAGAAUAUACCUGAUGUUAUCCAGAAACAAAUUCUAUUUAUGAGAGAUCUUAGUUACCAAUUAAUAGUAAGGCAUUAUUUUUUUACGUCCUUUGAAAAAAAUGUAACCGUAUGACUGAUCCACCACCUGUCUGACAUUUCCCUAAAAAAAUGUAAGACUUCAUGUUAUGCAAAGUUUACCACAUUGGUGUACUGUAUUGAUACCGUUUGGAGUGAUUGUCACCCCUCAUCCCUUUCAUUGUUGGAUAAGUCGACCCCCCCCCCCCCCCCCCCACAAGAUACAUUUAAAAUGUUGUGGAUGCCGAAGAUGAAAUUCUUGGGGUUUUUUUUGUGUUCUUGUAAGGUUAAAGGGCGGUUGGUUAAUCGGGUGUCAUUGUCUCAUCAACUGUAUUCGGAGUGCUCAUUUGGACAUUUCUUUAUAACAGGAGUGGGAAACCUACGCCGUGUGUACUUGAUUCGGCCCACCGUGAUAUUGUAAAACAAACAGUAAAACUCUGAGGAACUGUUAAGAAAAAGUUCCAAGACAUUUAAAUUCCUAAUUCCCAAGAAUAAAAAUUCCUAAUUUCAGCAAUGAUAAACACUUUUAUCAAUUGUUAGGUCACAUCUUUUCAUAAAUGUAGUAUGGCCCUCUGGGGAGUGAAAAUUAUAAAAUUAUUUACAAGGCAUUCCUGAUAAAAAGAAAACAAAAAAAACGUUCUCUGCUUCAGGGAAAUAUCUCCUUUACCCUUGGUUGCACCGUUUUAUAGGGAAAAAAAAUGAGAAUACUGUAUAUGUUUAGAAAAGAACUGCAUAUUUGUUCUGUCAUUCUGAAUGGAUUUGGACAUUUUCAAAAUAAUUUUGAUUUCUUUGGGCUAAGAAAUGAUUUGUCAAGUUGAUGUGACGCUUUUGCUGUUAGUUUUCCUGAUUUAAAAAUUGUUAGUACUAUGUACUGCUUGAUUAAACAACUUGUCCGCUGGGACUCAAUUUGUACACUACUGUAACUGCUUCAGCUAUUUAGCGGGCUAUACGGCAUUUUGUUUCUUGUUCUGCAUUAGAAAAAUGAACUACCACAGAAACA